AUGGAAUUUCGAUGCCAAUCCUCUAAAUAUGGUAGCGCUAAACCAACCUCUGAUCUAGAUUCAGUAAAGACCAAAUUCUGGUUACCCGGCUCAUUUGGGCAUUUUGAUCCCUUAAUAGACACAAAAAAUCAACAUGGUAUAGUCAACACAUCUAAUGGCCCAUGUCUCAAAAAUGAGAUAGGAGAGCAAAAUGGACCAAAUGAAUAUUAUGAUGCCAAGUAUAAACGUUUGGCUGGCGACGAAUCCACCAAUUACGACGAAGUAGGCCAGGAACAGAGGCAUGUGGAAAAUGAAAAGGAGGACGAGGAAGAUGAUUUUGAUGAGGGUGAAGAUACUGAGGAGGAAGAUGAAGAUUUUGAGGAUGAAGGUGGGGAUGAAAUAUAUGGAGAAGACAGGGAAUUGUUGCCUUUUGACAGGAUGAAUCAGGCUCCUGACAAAAAUGAAGUCGCUCUAAGAAAUGAUGACAUAAGGCAUGCUGAUUCAGACGGCACUCUGGCCAAACUAGCUCCUCGACUCGAAGAGCCUCUUUUAUUUUGUUCCAAAAGGCCGAGCCUUGAUUGUCUUUGUCAGCUGCAGCUACAGGGUGACCAGGUGGCCGCGGCUAUCGCUUAUGUGCAGGCAUCUCCAUCGGACACCUUAAAUCCCCUUAAUUCAGCCUUGGUAGAUGCAGCUACUCCGGCCUCUGUGACUGUAGAAGAUACAGAAGAUGAAUCUAAACGUGUUUCCCGGGCUGAGCUUUUGGCAGUACAGCACCAAACGGCCCUUGAUGCCACCUUAGCUGAGACAAGCCGGCGUCUUUUGGCACUUAUUUGCUUGGCUAAAGGAGUAGAAUUUCGCCUACAGAUGAUACUUGACUCCAAGUAA